AUGCCACCGAUCAUCAAGCAAGCUCCUCCAUUCGUCAUCUACGAGCCUACAGAGCCAAUCAAGUCUCGUUAUGGACUGCGUGUCCGUAUUCUCAACAAGGAGUACGUUCCAGCACUGGCUGAUCCACAAUCGGAAUACUAUCAGAGCUUCACAAAGACUGUCACUGAGGCGGUCAAUGAUUUGUUGGCGAAGCGAUGGAAGGGAAUGCGGGUGUCAAAGUUGAUUGCUUACUCGAAAGGAUCAGUGAUUGCCGAUUUUGAGGUGGUAUCAGUGGCGGAUGUACCUCGCCCGAUUGAGGUGAAGAGUCUCUUGGAAGAGAACGCUGUUCGCGGAACUAUUGGAGGUUUAUCGAUCGAACCUAGCACAGUCAGGGCUCAUGCUAUUGAAGCCCCAGCCGUGGAGGACUCCGAGUUUGGAAAGGCCUAUGUGCGGAAUCUGGUGAUCAUCGGAGCUGCAGCACUGCUUUUGAUAUUCGCCGUCACUUGCACUUGUUGUCUGCUCUGUCGUGUGAGGAAAUCGUCGAGAUAUAAUUCCUACCCGGUUCCUCAUCCAACUCCAUACCUGUACGGAAAUGGAAUGACCAAGGCUCCAGCUGGUUUUGAUAACGCCGCAUUCUUCAAUCACCAACGGCAUUACUCACAAGCCACGACAGCAUCCACCAAGAAUGGAAGCAGUCCUCAAUCAGCUGAAGCUCGUGGAGAAACUCCAAGCGGAAUAGGAGAAACCACCUACCAAGAGUGGUAUUCUAAAGUUGGAUCCAAGCCAGCUUCACAACAACACGAAGAAGCUCCUGUAGCUGCAGCACGUCCUCCAUCAACAACCCCAUAUGUCUCCUAUCCAAAUGAUCCGUCCGGAUAUUAUACACUGGGCGGUGAACAUCGAACGGAAUCAAGCAACAAGCAUUUCCGAUCUCCGUUUUGA